AUGGCGUUGAGCAGGGAAGAAUAUGAUAGAGUACAAGAAUGCAAAAACGCCAAAGAAAUUUGGGAUACAUUAAAGGUACAUCAUGAAGGCACCAGUCACGUAAAGGAAACAAGAAUUGACAUUGGUGUUCGAAAGUUUGAACUAUUCGAAAUGAAAGAAACCGAAACCAUAGAUGAAAUGUAUGGAAGGUUUACUAUCAUUAUGAAUGAGUUACGCUCUCUUGAAAAGGAUUUUACAAUCCAUGAAAGAGUAAGAAAAAUUUUGAGAUGUCUCCCAAGAUCUUGGAGACACAUUGUAACAGCCAUAACAGAAGCAAAAGAUCUGAAAAAACUCAGAUUAGAAGAUCUUAUUGGAUCUCUAAAAGCUCAUGAAGUCCUUUUGCAAGAGGAUAAAUCCUCAAACAAAAGCAAAAUGAUUGCACUCAAAACAAAUCAAGAAUCACUAAAUCAAGAACUUGAAAUGAACUUCGACAAUCAACAACAAGAACUUGAUGAAGAAGAUCAUCAAGAUCAAAUCAUUCUUCUCACCAGAAAACUUCAGAGAAUGAUUCAAAGAAGAGAUCAAAACAAAAGAAAUUUCCCAGCCAGAAAAGAAAACGCAAAGACUGAGCUUGACAAAAGUCAAGAAUGUCUCAUAACAGUCAAGAAAAAGCCCUGGUACUUGGACAGUGGAUGCUCAAGACAUAUGACUGGAGAUAAACAAAGCUUUCUCUCCUUCACCAAAAAGGAAGGAGGAUUGGUAACCUUCGGUAAUAAUGAAAAAUCUCGGAUUAAAGGUAUAGGUGUUAUUGAUAACCUAGGAAAAUUUGAUUCAAAAUCAGACAAAGCUAUAUUUCUUGGUUACUCUGCUACUUCAAAAGCUUAUAGGGUGUAUAACUUGAGAACAAAAGUUCUAGAAGAAAGUAUGCACAUAAAAUUUGAUGAAUUUGAGGAACUUGAGGCUCAAGAAAGAAUUUUUGAAGAAGAUGAGGAAGCAAGUCAGAUCAACCCCGACAUCGAAAAAAUUCAACAACAAUCAUUAAAUGAAGAAGUUUCUCUAAGUCCUCCAAAAUCAUGGAGAAUCGUAGAUCAUCACCCUCAAGAACAAAUUAUUGGUGAAACCACAGAUGGAGUAAGAACAAGAAGAUCCUUUCAAACAAAUGACUUCGCAAUGAUCUCACAAAUUGAACCAAAAUCAAUAAAGGAAGCAAUUAUUGAUGAAUCAUGGGUCGAAGCAAUGAAAGAAGAACUAUAUCAAUUUGAAAAAAAAUCAAGUUUGGACUCUUGUACCUAA